GCCCCAGCCAGCCCGGCCCGGGAGGCAGCCCCAGUUGCACGCUCGGCCGGGCCAGCCCCGCUGGAGCGCUGCCUGCCCCGCCUGGCGGGAGAAGCGUGCCCCGGGCUGCAGCGCCCCCUGCACCCGCCCAGCCCUGAGCGCGCCCUGGGCUGCCUGCCGCAGACAGCGCCCGCCUGCCCGCCCGCCGCUGGCCAUGUCCGGACCCGGAGCUCACAGCCAGAGCAGGAGGCUGCCCUCUGACAUGGAGCAUGGGCAGCGGGGACUGGAGCCAGAGCAGAUGCAGCAGCAGCUCAAGUUACGUGACAGGCAGAAGUUCUUUGAGGAGGUUUUCCAGCAUGAUGUGGAUUUCUUCUUCCCUAUGUCCCACCUGCAGAUAGAGCACAGGAGACCUCCGCUGGGCAGCAUUUCCUCCAUGGAGGUGAAUGUGGAUAUGCUGGAGCAGAUGGAGAUGAUGGACCUUUCUGACCAGGACACCAUGGACGUGUUUCUCAGCUGUGGGACAGAGGAUAACAAUGUUGCUGGUCUCCUGCCAGAGCCCAGCCACUACCAGGAGGAAAUCACCCUGCAAGUGCCCAAUGCAGCCGAGAUCAAAUCUCGGAUCUCGUCCACAUCCUCCGUCUCCACAGACCUGAACAGCCUGGACACCAGUGAGGAGGGGACCGAAACCCCCGUGGUGCAGUCGGAUGAGGACGAGCCCCAGGAGGACAGCCCUGAAGUGCAGGCGGCCAGAAGCUAGCAGCAGGCUCCCUGCUCUCUCCUCAUCCACCCUCCGCAUGGACCUGCCAGCAUGAGAGGAAGGAAGGCUGCUGGUUGUUUGACAACCCGAGCCGUCUCCCCAUCCCAAGGAGCAGAGAGACGGCUUCCCCCAGCACGUUCUUCAGUCAGUCAGGAGAGUGGUGCUGAAACAGAGGGGUAGUGUAGUGCUUCAGAAAUUAACUCUUCAGGCUUUGCUACUAACUCUCCCGCUUCACCCAUCCGAACUGCUACACGAGCCAUGGCCUCAGCUGUGCUGUGCCCAUUUCUGGCAAGGCCUCCCCGCAGGAUCACAUCCCCCACAGUCCCAGUGGGACCCCUCCCCCUUCUAGGCAAAUGUGUAACAAGAGCCUACAAAGAAAUUACACUCCUGUCAAAUAAGCCGUAGGGAUGGUGUGUGUUAUUGGAGAACCAUGAAUGCCUGGUGGUUGGUGGGGAUGAGGGUCUGACCUAGGAAAUGGCUGCAGAAGGAGGAAGAGGAGAGCCUCAGGGAGGGGAGACAGGUUUAAGGCAAGGGAUAAAGCAUUUACAGCCAUACUACCAAGGACAAGACCUCAGUAGCAGAUGAGCCAAAGUUUCCCAGUUGCCGGAGAACAAGCGGCGCCAGCCCAAUCCAGUGGCCAUUCCUCUGCCCAACAUAAAUACAAGUGGCAUAGUCCUCAUUACCCACCGCUGAGGAGAACUAUGGGGGUUAAUGGGGCAAAUCACCAACCCAUCCCAAUAAUACUGAGCACUUCUAUGGUGCUUUGCAUUUUCAAAGGACUUUGAUUGCACUUGUGCUUACAGAGGAGACAGCCUGAGACCGCAGUGAGACUGUACUGAUUCCCACACUAAACCCGCAGGGCUGGUGGGCGUGGGAGCACUGUGAUCUGUAACAUGACCCCACGAGUGUGUUCAUGCAAUUCCCCAUGAAUUGUGUGACCCUUCUAGCACCAAUCAUCAGCAGAGUAGCCCCCUCAGCACAGCAGAAUACCCAGCAUGGCUGUUGGAGCUCUGGCUAGCUGCGAUACAAGGACAGAUUGUCACUUUGACUCCUCCUUGCUGGCUAUUUGUCUUGCCCUCUUCCUACUCUUGGGAAUGAGGAUAGCCACACACAGAUCCGGCUGCAUCACCAUUUUAGGGAGGCGUGCUACUGUCACCAGCUGCUCUAAUACAGGAAAGCUUUGGCCACAAGGAGACUAACAGGAAAAACAAAGUCACUGCCAUGACGAAAAUGGAGCAUCCUCAAGGAGAGGAGUCUGGUAUAUAAAUAACAGAGGCUGGGUAUUGCUCUAGAUCCAGGCCAUUUCCCAGGGAGCAUUCAGAGCUGCAUAGUAGCUAGACACAUACUAGUAGACACAGUUGUACCCUGGCUGCAGCAUUUAGCAUCCCAAGUGCCAUCAAACGAAAAGCCAGGUGCAGAUGAGUCACAUUCUGUCCACUAUACUGCCUCAUAAAGCACUUUCCAGAGAAGGAGGUUAAAAGGAAAAGAAAGGUCUGAAAAGAGGAAGUGACUCAGCAGAUUGGCAACUCCCGAGAGACCGGGGCAGCACAAAUAUAGUCCUAGCAAUCAGCUAAACCCAUGGAAAAAUCCAAGAAGUGAAUGACCACUGCUGAGCAAGGACUGCCCUCAGGAUCCUUAUUUCAGAGCCGGUUUGCAGCAGUCUAUGGACAGAGUGGUGCAGGGAGUUUUCUAAGCCCAGAGAAUGUGUGUCCAGUGCCUCUGGCCAUCCUGGCUCAUGCAUAGCUGAAGCAUUCCAGUACUGCACAUCUCCACCCCCGUGCUGAGAAGCUUGGCAUGUUCAUUACAGGAGUGCUCUUCCAGGUCUCAAUGGUUUGGGGAUAGGGCUAGACAUACAUUGUGAGUUUGGGGGUAUUGCUUGGGGCUGCAUUGAGUGCUUGUUUGUGCCGUUGCAAGUCAGAAUGGUGGCAGGUGUUCUCCAGAUGUUGGGUGUGGUUCAAAACAUUCUGGAGCCAGAUCUUCUGUUGUGCAGCAUCUGCAGCUCCCAUCCAAUCUCCUAGGCCUGGAGUCCCUCACAUUCUCUUAUAAAGUCCUGGCAUGGAGCUCAUGUGUCUAGAUUCCAUAUGGGCUGCUGAGCAAGCACGUGCUCCUACAAGGUGUGGAGCACUCUGGCCCUGAUGUAGAGAAGCAUAAACAUUUAAGCAGGUGGCUAGCCAAUUAAAGUUAAUGGGCUUACUCACAAGCAUGUGUUUAACCUUAAGCAUAAGUGUUUCACUACAUAAGAGCUAGUGUGUUCUGCAGGUUGCAGGAUCAAGCCCUAAAUGAGCUCGCUGAACUUCUCCUGCACACCCAUCAAUACUUAGGGAGGGAGCACUUCCAACAUUGGAGACUUGUCUCUGAACAUUUUGUGUGAAUCAUAGUAAUUAUUAAGGCUACGUUUUAGUCAUGAGUAUUUUUAGUAAAAGUCAUGGACAAUCAUGGGCAGUAAACAAAAAUUCACGGCCUGUGACCUGUCCAUGACUUUUACUGUAUACCCCUAACUAAAACCUGGGUGGGGCACGAUGGGUGCUGGGGGAGGUGGCCCGGAACCCCCACUCGUGCUGGGGGGCGGGGGGCAGCAAUGCACAGCCCGGGAUCCCUGCUGGUACUGGGGUCAGGGGUUAGUGGGGAUGGCAGGCUCCCUACCCGACUCUGCAUGUCUCUGCAGCUCCUAGGCGGCGGAGGGGCCAGGGAGCUCCGCAGGCUUCUCCUGCCACAAGCGCCGGCUGCGCAGUUCUCAUUGGCUGCGGUUCCCCGCCAAUGGGAGCUGCAAGGGCAGGGCCUGCGGGCAGCGUAUGGAGCCCCCUGGCUCUUCCAUCACUUAGAAGCUGCAGGGCCAUGCCAGAGGGAGCCGGGGAGCACCCCCACCCCAAGGUAAGUGCCCCCUGCUCCUCUCAAUGCCUGCCCCUAGCCCUGAGCCCCCUCCCACACACCCAAACUGCUGCUGCUGGCCCACGGGCUGCCCGGCUCGGGAAGCCCCUGAGCCAACACCAGCCAAUGCAGAAGUCACGGAGGUCACAGAAAGUCAUGGAAUCCGUGACCACCGUGACAGACUUGCAGCCUUAUUCAUUAUCUUUGUUCAUUUGGGAACUCUGGAAUUCAGCAUAUGCCCCAGACAUUGGAGAUGGCAGAAAUGAUACAAGUUUGGACUGUGGUAUUUUACAAAUGAUUUUUUACAUACACAUCUAACCACAGCACUUUGUCUUGGCUGCUUGUCUGGCUGAGAGACUGAGAUACAAACUGAUGUGAGUAGCUUUUAUAUAUAGUUAAGGAUAACCAGGGCAGGACCGGGGGGUCUCUUGCACGGCUAGCUCUUUGCACUGUGUCUACCCUAUAAUGUAAGAUCCUGCUCUUUGGCAUAUGUUAAAGCUUUGCUGAAAGGCUGCACCGUGCUCCGGUAGGCAGGUCAGACUAUUCUUAGUGAGAUGCUAAACCUGCCCUGUGUUGUAUAAUCCAUUAACUCUGAGGAGAUUGCAAUGUAGUCAUGGGGUUAAUGGUUCAAUAAAAUUUCAGGUUCAAAUGUGUGUCGUGUCUGCCCUCUAGUGGGGAAUGUAAUUAGACAUUAAAAAUGAGUGCAGGAAUUAAACAUGAUUGCCUUACACAGCCCCUGUGGAAAAUAAGAACAUGUUCUUGCAGAGUAGGCCUGGUGAGAUGUUGUUUCACGCUGCCACAGAGAGCAAAAACAAGUGCCGGGGCUUGUACAGUGCGACAAACUCAACAUCCCAGGUCCUCAAGAAAUUAAAUAACUGUCAACAAGCUUGUUAACCAAGCCCUUCAAACAAGGGAAAGUUUGCCAGGGUCAGAAUCUGUUUUAUCGCUCCAUCUGUUCAGUGCUGAGGGAAGUGGUCAGGCCUGCUGUCAUCCAUACUGACAGCUCCAGAAUCCAGAUUUUCAACAGACCUCAAAACCCAGGAACAUGGUGCUCGGAGGAUAUUCAUUAGACAAGUAAUCCCAGUGCUAAACCACAGAUAUAUUGGCCACAGCAGCAAGCAGUAGAAUGUUAGACAGCAAGUGACAGCCUAAAAACCCAAACACACUUCUAGAACUGGAAUUUCCAUGCAAUUAGGUUCAUGUAGCAACAUUUUAUAAAAAAAAGCAAGGCAAAGUGUAGAGAUCAGUACAUCCUGCUCCUACUAAUGGACUCUGGCAUCUACACUCAGUUACCGACACAGCUUUUAGAGGUGCUUGGGUGGAUGU